GUCAGUCAAUGUAAGACUGGCGAACUUCUGCGAAAUUUCCUAUACCCCAUCGAACAGAAUUUCUCACAAAUUUCUGCUCAGAGUCGGAAAGUUGCGCACAAUCAAACGACGACCAGCGGUACUCGUGAAAAUUCUUUGUAGACCUAAUGCAGGGAAGCAACGGCGAUCAAACUUACAGCACUCGUCAAUGUAUGAGACGCCCCCCGCCUGUUUGACUCUGUCUGGUAAACACCCAUCCCUCCAUCGGGGAAAGUGAGCAACCAUUUGAUUUUUAUAAAAAUGAAGCAAUUCCAGUUUUCAAUUAUCCAAAAUUUCCCCACCACAAGAGUGUAGGUAUGGCUAGCAGAGCCAAUUUUGGGUAUGAACUUGUGCUGCAAUUCGCUUUUGCUGCUCUUCUUUUAUGUGCUGCUUCCCAGGGAGAAAUAAAUGAUCCGUCAAUAAAUAUAGGUGCUAUAAUGGCGUUAACUACAACCAGCGGAAAAAUAGCGAGGACUGCUAUUGAAUUGGCAGUUGAAGACGUAAACAGAAACACCAGCAUUCUGAAUGGCACGCUCCUCAACAUUCAUAUCCGAGACUCCAGACAAGAUUCACUUACAGGCGUUUCUGCAGCGUUAGAACUUCUAAGAAAAGGAUGUGUGAGCAUAAUCGGCCCACAAAUGUCCGUGGUGGCGGAGUUCGUGGCGCAUUUGGGCGUUGCAGCGCGCGUUCCAGUUGUAACAUUUGCUGCAACGAAUCCCUCUCUGUCGAUGCAUCGAUACCCUUACUUCAUACGCAUGGCGCCCAGUGAUACACCACAAAUGACAGCAAUAGCAAAGCUGAUAGACAACUACAGCUGGAGGGAUGUGGUGCUUGUGUAUGUAGAUGACGAUAUGGGGACAGGGAGCAUACCCGCCUUAGACGAUGCCUUACGAGCUGAGGGCAAAGUUGUUUACAAAGCUGCAGUGCCUCCCCAAGCCGAUAUCUCCACAAUGCGAAGGUUCGUCGAGGAAAAUCUUAUGAGGCAGGAGUCGCGAGUAUUCAUUGUGCAUAUGCCUCCUGAAUCGGCUCUAACCCUGUUUUCCGAGGCGAACAAAUUAAGAAUAAUCAGCAGUGAGUAUGUAUGGAUCGUUACCGAUGCGAUCGCUAGCUUAUUGGACUCCUUCAACACUACUUCACUCCAGCUUAUGAAUGGUGUUCUAGGGGUGAAAAGAAGCCUCCCCAAAACCAACCAGCCAAGGCUGAAUGAGUUUGCUAAAAGAUGGAAACAGCGGUUUAGAGCCCAGAAUCCUGAAAUCCCAAAUCUGGAAUUAAAUGAUCGCGGGCUUGCUGCAUAUGACACAGUAUGGGCAAUUACUUUUGCAAUAGAUCAUCUGCUGCGUGGGGGAUUGUUCGAUGGUGAUUUCUCAGCGGCCUCUAACAAGACAAAAAUUUUAAAUUUCAGGGUUUUUGAGGGCGGAGAACAACUGCUGAAACAGAUCCUUGACACAAACUUUAUCGGCCUGAGCGGCCCUGUUCGGGUAAGUCCUAAAAGCGGAGAAAUCUUGGAGUUUCCAUAUGAUAUAAUCAAUAUGGUAGGAAAUAGUUAUAAGGUAAUUGGGUCAUGGACAGAAGCAAAGGGUUUGCAGAUUUCUUCAAAGCAAGUUGUUCACUGGGGCCGUGGAUCAACAAAGACGCCACGUGGGUGGGCGAUAACUGCACCAGGAAAGAUACAUAGAAUAGGCGUGCCUUGGGACCGAGGAUUUACACAAUUCAUCAGCGUAAAACCAGUUCAUGCCAGCGCAGGUGCCCGAAAUCAGAGUUAUGAGAUUACAGGCUUCUGCAUUGAUGUGUUCAAAGCGGUGCUCAAGAGAUUGGAUUAUGCAUUGCCCUAUGAGUUAAUACCUUAUGGAUCUGGCAAUGUCACUGCGGACUACUACGAUGACCUCGUCUACCAGGUCCAUCUCCAGAAAUUUGAUGCGGUUGUGGGAGAUAUAACGGUGAAUUCAAAUAGGAGCAAGUACGUGGAUUUCACACAACCCUACACGGAGACGGGACUGGUAAUGGUGGUAGCAAUUGCAGACGAGGGAUCAAGUGAACCAUGGGCUUUCCUCCGUCCAUUUACUCCGGCCAUGUGGAUAACAACUGUUGCAUUUUUCAUAUUCACGGGAGCUGUUGUCUGGCUUCUGGAGCACAGACGAAAUAGACAAUUCAGGGGGACGCCUCGGAAGCAAGUCUUGACAUUCAUCUGGUUUUCCUUUUCCACGCUCUUCACUACUCAAACGGAGAAGAUUGUAAGCAGUCUGGGUAGAGCAGUGGUCAUAAUUUGGCUCUUUGUAGUUUUGGUGUUAGUAUCUAGUUACACAGCCAGCCUGUCGUCGAUGCUUACAGUCAGACAAAUUGUACCAAAGAUCGAAAGCAUUGAUACUCUCAUCACCCAGAAUUUGCCAAUCGGGUACCGCCAGGGAACUUUCAUAGCCAAUUAUUUGGAACAUCAGCUCUAUGUCAACAAAAGCUUGCUUCGCCCAUACACAUCUGUACAAGAGUACGCCAUUGCACUGGAGGAGGGAACCAAUAAUGGAGGGGCGGGCGCCAUAUUUGACGAGGAAACAGUUGCCCAAAACUUAUUUCUGUCAACGAGAUGCAAUGCCUUUUCCAAAGUUGGUCCCACCUACAGAACAGGAGGCUACGGAUUCGUGUUUCCAAAGGGAUCUCCACUGGUUUCAGACAUUUCCAAGGCUAUAUUAAAUCUUUCAGAAAGCACAGACAUGCGGCAAAUUCGGAAGAGGUGGUUCAAUUCAAGUGAAAGCAAAUGCGAUGCAGAGUCUGGUGCAGUGGAAUCAACCAGAUUGAGCUUCGACAACUUUUGGGUUUUAUUUUUGCUGACAGGUGGUGUCUCAUUUCUCACACUGCUUUAUUAUUUGUGUCGCCUGCUUUACCGAUUUGUGUACAGAUAUGAGAAUUCAUGUCCUCAUGAUAAAUCCAUCUCCACUCGACUGCGAACGUUUGUCAGUUUCGCAGACCAGAAGGACAUCCCACCACCAAAAAGAAAGAGAUGUGAGACUGUCGUUUGGUCAUAUGGAACCAAUGGAGGAUCUGAUGAUCGACGAGUUUAAACAGCAGCUUAUGAGUAGUUUGUAAUCUGCAUACAGAUCUCGGCUAAUUCGGGUUUUAGACAAGAGAUUCUAAAAGUUGUUUUAUCAUUAGUUUGUAAUCUUAAAUGCAGAUUUACAAUGACUCUUUAUAAUGACUAUAAAAUAAACUAGUUCAGCAAACUAGUUCAGCA